AUGGUCAUCUUCGAGCUCUGCGCGGCGUCGCUUCCACUCGUCGUCCUCGCGUCCUACGCGCUACAGCCGGUCGCCGACGCACGGCGCCGCCUCCCGCCCGGCCCGAGGCCGCUUCCUGUCGUCGGCAACCUCCUCGACGUCGGUGACAGCCCGCACCGCGCCUUCGCUCGCCUCGCCGACAGCUAUGGCCCGCUCAUGUCCGUCCGGCUCGGGGCUGUCUACGCCGUCGUGGCGAGCUCGCCGGAGACAGCGCGCGAGAUACUGCAGAAGAGGAACGGCGAGAUGGCGUCCCGGCGCAGCCUCGACGCCUGGCGGGUCCUGGACCACCCGGCGAACUCGAUGAUCGCGCUGCCGGCGCGCGGCAAGUGGCGCGCCCUGAGGCAGCACACCGCCGCCGGGAUGCUCGGGCCGAGGCGGCUCGCCGAGCAGCGCGCCGUGCGGGAGGAGGAGGUGCGCGACAUGGCGCGCCGCGUAGCCGCCUUGGCCGAUCAGGCCGACGACGGCGCCGCUGCCGCCACGGUGGCCGUGGCGCGCGAGGCGUCCGCCGCGAUGAUCGACGUGAUCUGCCGCGCGAUGUUCUCCGAGGAGCUCGACCCGGCGGUGGUGGCCGAGAUCACGGACGUGACGGACGAGGCGGCGGUGCUGUCCGGCGCGCCGAACGUGUCCGACUUCUUCCCCGCUCUCGCCGCCGCCGACCUCCAGGGCAUACGGCACCGGGCGGAGAAGCUGGUCACAUGGCUGUACAGCAUCGUCGACGAGCAGGUUGGACGGCGCAGGCGCAGCCGGGCCGCCGGCGAGGCGCGCAAGAACGACCUGCUCGAUGUGUUCCUCGACAACGAGGGUGAGGUGCAAGAGGAAGGGUGGGCGAUUAACCAGGACACCAUUAGAGGUUUGUUCAUGGAGUUAGUCCUUGGUGGAUCAUCAGUCCCAACUACAGUCGAGUGGGCAAUGGCCGAGUUGCUGCAGAGUCCACAGACAAUGAAGAAAGCACAAGAGGAGCUCCGGACUGUUCUUCAUAAUAAGCCUCACAUGGAGGAAUCUGACAUCGCCCAGCUCCCAUACCUUCAAGCUGUUGUGAAUGAAACCCUAAGACUCCAUCCUCCAGUGCCAUUUGCUUCGGGUCUAGCUGAAGAAACCCUAGAACUGCAUGGCUACAACGUGCCCAAAGGAGCAUCUGCAUUUGUGAACAUCUGGGCAAUCUGCAGAAAUGCAGAGGUAUGGGAUGAGCCGGACAAGUUCAUGCCUGAGAGGUUCCUGCAAAACGAGAUCGACUUCUCAGGCACAGACUUUGAGUUCAUCCCUUUCAGCACGGGGAGACGCAUAUGCCCUGGGCUAAACCUUUCGAGCAAACUGGUUCCUCUGAUGCUUGCCUCGCUGCUCCAUGAGUUCGAUUGGACAUUGCCUGAAGAUGCUGGGAGGAAUGGUAUCGAUAUGUCUGAAAAGUUUGGGUUGGUGUUGUCCAUGGCUGCGCCACUGCGUGCUGCACCCAAGAAAGCACUAUAG